GGGAGAGCCAGUCAAUGCCGGGAUGCCAAUCACCCAGCGUGGAGCCAAUCAGCGGGGGCCCUGCACUCGUCUUCCUAGUAUUUGGGCUAGUGUAGUGGUUGGUGUGCUCGCUUCGAGCAGGGGAAACAUUCUCCAGUCCCAGCUCAGUGAGGGAGGGACACAGGGAGCUGUCACACAGGGAGAGAGAGAGAGAGAGAGAGAGAGAGAGGGGGAGCCCAACCCAAGCAACUUGCACUGACUUACUGUGGGCAGGAGGCACAUCCCAAGCUUCCACUGCAGCGGGGGGCACUGAGCAAAGAGCUGCAAGAGUAGGAUGUGCCAGAUGCUGCCCAUGCCAGGGACCCUCGCACUGACCACUGACUCUUCCAAAGGGGGGGCACCGCUCCAACAAUAACAACUUUGUGCCAUGCAUCUUCAUCACCGCCGACAGUUUGGGACAGGAGAGCGGCCAAAGUUGUAGAAGGAGAAGCAGCAGCAGCAGAACGUGCCCCGGUCCUGCAAGUGUCAUGUGCUGGGAAAGAGACGAGUGACGGACACAACGAGAGACUGGGAGCGAGUAGCGAUUUGUUACCCUUGGACAAAAGGAGCCACACGGGGUUGUUGUUUAGCCAGUGGCAUCCGCUAACAGGUGAACUGAGCUUGGCUGCGCGGAGGAGGGGGGAGCCUCAUUGGGAGACAUUGGCAAAGGGCUGAUCCUCCAAGGACAAAAGUGCAUCUCAAGGGGGAAGCGUUGACGGGCUGUUGCGGGGGAGGACGAGAGGAAGCCCCAAACCUGUGGAUAGCAGCGUGCAGGGGGGAAGUGAUGGCUACGGCUGCCUCUAACCCCUACCUCCCCAGCAACAGCAUCCUCUCCCCGGGAUCCAUCGUGCACUCAGACUCAGGGGGAGGAAUGCAGCCUGGAAGCGCCGCCGUCACCUCAGUGGCAGGAGGUUACCGGGGGGACCCCACGGUGAAGAUGGUGCAGAGUGACUUCAUGCAGGGGGCAAUGGCUGCCAGCAACGGGGGGCACAUGCUGAGCCACGCACACCAGUGGGUUACUGCCUUACCCCACGCAGCGGCAGCGGCGGCGGCAGCAGCGGCGGCAGCAGCAGAGGCAGGCUCUCACUGGUCCAGCAGCCCGGUGGGCAUGACAGGCAGCCCGCAGCACCCUCAGCAACAACAGGACGUGAAAGGGGGAGCUGGAAGAGACGAACUGCACCCUGGGGCCGCACUGCAUCACCGGCCACCUCACCUAGCACCCCAUCAAGGACAUCCAGGAGGCUGGGGGGCGGCAGCCGCAUCACACAUUCAGUCAAUGGCAGCGGGGACUCCACAGCAGCAGCAGCAACAACAGCAGCAGCAGCAGCAGCAAGCUCUUCUAUACUCCCAACCGGGGGCAUUCACUGUGAACGGUAUGCUGAGCCCACCCCCGGGGAGCCAAAACCUGGUACAUCCAGGACUAGUAAGGGGAGACACGCCAGAACUCGGGGACCACCCUGGGCAUCAUCAUCACCACCAUCACCAGCAUCAACAACACCACCAGCAACAACAGCAGCAGCACCAUGGCGGGGUGAACAGCCACGACCCCCAUUCUGAUGAGGACACCCCGACCUCGGAUGACCUGGAGCAAUUUGCCAAGCAGUUUAAGCAGCGCAGGAUCAAGCUGGGCUUUACUCAGGCAGAUGUGGGCCUGGCCCUGGGCACCCUCUAUGGCAAUGUCUUCUCCCAGACCACCAUCUGUAGGUUCGAGGCGCUCCAGCUCAGCUUUAAGAACAUGUGCAAGCUCAAGCCUCUGCUCAACAAGUGGCUGGAGGAGGCCGACUCUUCCACGGGCAGCCCCACCAGCAUCGACAAAAUCGCAGCGCAGGGCAGGAAGAGAAAGAAGAGGACUUCAAUCGAGGUGAGCGUAAAAGGGGCAUUGGAGAGUCACUUCCUUAAGUGCCCCAAGCCGUCGGCUCAGGAAAUCACCAACCUGGCGGACAGCCUCCAGCUGGAGAAGGAGGUGGUUAGGGUCUGGUUUUGCAACCGCAGGCAGAAGGAGAAGAGAAUGACCCCACCGGGGAUCCAGCAGCAGACGCCAGAUGAUGUCUACUCCCAGGUGGGCAAUGUAGGGGCUGACACGCCGCCUCCUCACCACGGGAUGCAGACUAGUGUGCAAUGACUGGAGUGGGCACCCAGCAGCUGUCUGACCGACCAGGCAAUGGGAGGCAGUAACCAUCACAUUCAGCAGCCAGGCUCGCCCAUACUGCUCUCUUUUUUAUAAAUACAUUUAUAAAUAUAUAAAUAUAUAUAUACAGUGAGACCCAGUUACAUUCAGCAAAACGCUUGGACUCCUACUGCCGUGGCACGUGGGUGGAGAUGCAGAAUUGCACCAAAUAUCUGCAGAGGUUCCUUUUUAAUAUAUAUAUAUAUAUAUAUUAUAUUUUUAAUAUUGUUUUUUAUUUGCCUUAGGACUCCCACCCAGCUCCAGCAAAGAUCAUCCCCUUUGCCACUUUCCCUCUUCUUCUUCUAUAAGAGCCAAUAUUUUGCCCAGCAUUAAGCAUUAUAAGGGAUAUCUAUGUCUGGGGUGUUUUUACUUUAUAAGAAAUAUUUGUCCUUUUUUAUUAAUAUUAUUAUUGUGACCAUCCAGUAAAAGAGCUAAUUAAAGUGAACUGACCUGGAACUUGCAGGAUCCGUGGGGCUGAGUUGUCAAAAUAAGAAACUGUCAGCUGAUCCCCACUGGUGCCUCAGUGCCCAUUUUUCCAGCUAAGCGAGGGAAUAGGCUCAUGGCGACCAAGCGACCAGUUGCAAAUUAUUGGAAUAUAUUUCUCGCGGGGAUUAAACAGGGUACAGAACAUCAAAGUCAGAGAGACAGUCUUGGCACCCGAACUUUAUUCUCCAAUAUCAAACCAGCUUAAAUCAUUUUUAAGAUGUCAAGUACUGUACUUUUUCGUGACUCUUCCAAAUUUUGGGAAAGUAGCACUCUCAUGCCCACAUUUUUAAUCAAAACAUACAAUGACUGCUUAUGAUUGAAAUAUAUUUAAAAUACUUUACUUUAGGAGAUUUAAAUUCUGGACAUCAGCAGCUGCACUUAUCCCCCUCCAACCAAGUCCAUUGCCAACUCUGAAUGGGUGCUGAGGAUGAGAGUCAAUAAUACUGCCAUUUCCGUGCAGUGAUUUUGGUAGGUUUUAAUAAACAGACUUGAAAAAAAAACAAAAAAAACACAAACAACAAAAAGACUGAAACAAGAAAUUUAGAUCUAUCGAGGAUCUUAAAAAAAUGUGCUUUAUAUUUUCAUCAAAUGACUUCUUUUAAUAUUAUAUUCAGAAUACCUAUGGACUUCUGCAAAACGGUAAUUUAUUUUUUUUCCCCCAAAUCUUGUAUUACGUGUUUUUUUUCUGAGACGAGCACAAAUCAAAAAUGGAAAAAAAAUAUGGACAGUAGUAGGUUACAAUGGUCUCUUUUGAUGUGAUCAUUUGAUUGUAAUUUAAUUUUAGUAGUGGUUCCGUAUGAGCUGAUUGAGAAAAUAAAUUUGUUAGAAUGAUAAAAUCCGUGUCUGAUGCAUAAAACACUCAUGUUGGCCAUAAUAUUUACUAGGCAAAGAUCAGAAUUUGCAAGGAAAUGUUUGUUCAGUAGCUUUAAAUAAUGUAAAUGUCUGUUUCUUCAUUCUGCAAGUGGUUGAUCCCCCAAUCCUAACCAUAUCAAGUUUAUCCUAAUGAAUCCACUCUUUGCUGUCUCUUUUACCAGUGACGAAGUUAUCGAAAAAUGUGUAUCUCACUAAUCGAUAGUCUGGGGGGGGGGCAAUAGCAUCUCUAGAAUCCAUGAACAUGGAAUAGUAUUUGACCCCCUGGCCUUUUUGCAAUUCCAGCAGAAACAAAAUAUAUUUUACUGUAAUUAUUUUUUUUGUAUUAUUUUUCUUUGCAAACCAUGUCCAGAGAAUAUACCGCAUCCAAUAUAAUUUAGUCGUAUUUCGUAUGUUGGGGGUUUAUGUGGGUAAGAUUGAUUCAAAUGUGCAAAUAACCCAUAUUAAUAUUAAGCAAUGCUAAGUUAAUCAUUUGUGCCCAUAUAGUCCAAGUAGGAGAUGCCAUAAUGGGUUUAGCUGGAAACAAUUUUUUUUUUUUUUUUUUUUUUAAUUAAAUAUCCAAUCUGACUGUAUGUUUAUUAUCAUACAUCAAAAUUCAGUCCCAGGGUUUGUAAAAAAAUGGCAUUACGGGCUUUUCCAUCUCCUUCCUCUACAUCCAGCUGUGGAGAGCGUUCUGCUGGGUUCUGCUAAAGACUUGCAUCUGUUGUAUGUAAACUCGACCCGCUACAUCGUUUGCAUGUGAAUUGUUCAGCACACCAAACCUCCACUGCAUUUCUAAAUUAAUACAAAAAAAAAAAUAUAUAUAUAUAUAUUAUAUAUAUAUAUAUAUAUAUAUAUAUAUAUAUAUAUAUAUAUAUAUAUAUAUAUAUAUAUAAACACACACACACCUUGGGUUGUAGCAAGCAGACCAGCAGCUUCAUGAGGCCUCCUGUCAUUGGUAUGAAUCACGCUCAUGCAGAUCUCAUUGUUCAGACCAGCUUUAUUUUAUCUCUCAGGGUGACAGACAAAUCCCACCUACAGCCCCAUUUGUCUGUACUGGAGAAGUGGUUAGAGAGAGAAUGAUAACAAUCCAGGGGUGGAUGCUUUCCUAUCUGUCAGUCUGUGUGUGUUGUGGUUCCUUGUGCUAGUGUUUAAGGUGCCUUAAGGUGUGUUGGGUUGUGCUCACUGUUCCCAAGAAGACCCAGUCAGUGCCAGGUAUCUCAUAUACAUGGGGUAAAGAGGCUGCUAACCCACUGGUGCCAAGGUACUGUGAGAGUCCUGCUGUUGGUAUCAGAUUGUGCUAGGGUGGGUGGUGUGUGUCUUGGGGAUUUUGGUGGCUGCAUUUGAUAUUUGUAUUGUGUAUUUUGUGCUAGUGGUAUUUGCAAUAAGGUCACAUGGUGCCGUUGCAGUAGUGGUUGUACUGGGGAUCAUGAAGCUGGGGAUAUUGGUACAUGGCACUUCCUUUAGCUGUUUUAGACAAUGGUCUCCUUAUUCAGCCCUACUGCUCCCUUUCUUCUGUCUGUCCCACAAUGGGAGUCAGGUGCCUGGCAAUGCAGAGUCCAAGGCCACAGAUCCCAUUGGUUGCUGUGUUGGUGUGUGUUUCUUUUAGAACCCUGCUGUUUUUGUUGUGAUGGUUUAGUGAGCACAUUUCAGUGCUGAGCUGAGAAGCCUUAACCCCUGUCUCCACAUCCCCCACCUAAAUAUGCUUUGUAAUAAAGGCAGCUGUAGGGUCCCCACUCCCAGAGGAUAACUCUAAACACAUCUACCAACACGUGUAACUGGAUUUAUUAUUGCCUUUAUUUAAUGUUAUUUUGUUUUUGUUCUGUUCCCUUAAAUUAUAUAUAUUUGUAACCUAUUUAUCUUGUUCAAAACGUUCUGGUUGUAUUUAUCCGUUUAUUUUCAUAAUAAAAUAGCCUUGUCGAGCUAAUAUAAACGAACCAA